UGAGCCAGAGCCAGCCGGAAGACAUGAAGAGCCUCUUGCUGCUGACCACACUCCUGGUACCUGUGCACCUGGCUAUGGCCUGGAGCGCCAAGUAUGCGGUGGAUUGCCCGGAACAGUGCGACAAUACUGAGUGCAGAAGCAGCCUGCGUUGCAAGAGGACGGUGCUGGAUGACUGUGGCUGCUGUCAGGUGUGCGCUGCGGGGCCCGGAGAAACCUGCUACCGUACAGUCUCAGGCAUGGAUGGCGUCAAGUGCGGUCCGGGGCUGAAGUGUCACUUUUACAGUGAAGAGGAUGAUUUUGGUGACGAGUUUGGUAUCUGCAAAGACUGUCCCUAUGGCACUUUCGGGAUGGAAUGCAAAGAGAUUUGCAAUUGCCAGUCGGGCAUCUGUGACAGGGUGACCGGGAGGUGUCUGGAAUUUCCCUUCUUCCAGUACGCAGCAGCCAAGUCGCCCAGCAGGACCGCUUCCUCUCACACAGAUCGUGAAGCAGCGUCUGGAGACGGCAAUGCUGGGAGGGAAGAGCUCGUUGAAGGGAAUGCUGCUCGGCCCUCUGUAAUGAAAUGGUUAAAUCCACGCUGA